AUGUCUACCCUCCGCGCCCGUCCCUGGAGUGCCCUCAAGGCCCUCCAAACAACCCCAAUCCGCCAAGCCCCUCUCCAAUCCCUGGGCAAGCGCACCCUAUCCAGCACAACACGCUUCAACCAGCAAAACAGCACAAGCUCCAACCAACCAACAAACUCCAAGCCCCCAGCUCCAUCCGCACAAUCUACACCCUCCCAACGUAUCUCAACACAAACCCCCAACCGAGCAACAACAGAUAAUAUCUCCAAGAGCGGAUUAUCAGAUAAACCCCUCGAUCUCGAUAAACCCUCCGAGGAAAAGAUCGACUGGACCCGCUCCUUCCACGGUCUCUCUGCGCAACCAUUUGCGAAGGAAGCUGCUGAUAUCCUUCUUGCUGAGAUUGAUUCGAAUGAGGUGGAAAUCAAGCCUGAUGGAAUCGUUUAUCUGCCUGAGAUCAAGUAUAGACGGGUUCUGAAUAGGGCUUUUGGUCCUGGUGGGUGGGGUCUUGCGCCGAGAGGCGAGAGUAUUGUUACACCUAAGACUGUGACGAGGGAGUAUGCGCUUGUUUGCCAUGGACGACUUGUUUCUGUUGCACGUGGUGAACAGGAUUAUUUCUCGCCUGAUGGAAUUCCUACUGCUACGGAGGGAUGUAGGUCUAAUGCGCUUGUGAGAUGUUGUAAGGAUUUGGGAAUUGCGAGUGAGCUUUGGGAUCCAAGGUGGAUCCGCAAGUAUAAGGCGCAGUAUACCCGGGAAGUGUUUGUUGAGCAUGUGGUGAACAAGCGGAAGUCGAAGAUCUGGGUGCGAAAGGAUGAUGUGGUUGGGUAUCCGUGGAAGGAGACUAGAUAG